CUCACAGAGAUCCUCCUGCCUCUACCUCCGAAGUGCUGGGAUUAAAGGCGGGUCCACUACACCCGGGGGGAGAUACCUAACAGAUAUUAUCUUCCACAGUUCAACAUAAAGCUAAUAAGAAAAGUUUCGGUUGGAUCCUGAAAUUUGACCCCAAGGCAAUGUUGCAGAAGACAGUGCUCUUACUGGCCCUGGUGGCUCGGGUCCUGCUGCUGGAGAAUGGCCUCCUGCGGACGCCACCCAUGGGUUGGCUGGCCUGGGAACGGUUCCGGUGCAACGUCAACUGCGACGAGGACCCGAAGAACUGCAUCAGUGAACGGCUCUUCAUGGAGAUGGCUGACCGGCUGGCCCAGGAUGGAUGGCGGGACCUGGGCUAUGUAUACCUCAACAUCGAUGACUGCUGGAUUGGUGGGCGUGAUGCCACGGGCCGCCUGCUGCCUGAUCCCAAGCGCUUCCCUCAUGGGAUUCCCUUCCUGGCUGACUAUGCUCAUUCCCUGGGUCUGAAGCUGGGCAUCUAUGAGGACAUGGGCAAAAUGACCUGCAUGGGUUACCCUGGCACCACACUAGACAAAGUGGAACUGGAUGCGGAAACCUUCGCAGAGUGGAAGGUGGACAUGCUGAAGCUGGACGGCUGUUUCUCCACUGCCAGGGAACGGGCAGAGGGGUACCCCAAGAUGGCUGCUGCCCUGAAUGCCACAGGCCGUCCCAUCGCCUUUUCUUGCAGCUGGCCAGCCUACGAAGGGGGCCUACCGCCCAAGGUGAACUACACUCUGAUGUCCCGCAUCUGCAAUCUGUGGCGCAACUACGAGGACAUCCAGGACUCCUGGAAGAGUGUGCUGUCCAUCCUGGACUGGUUCGUGAAGCACCAGGACGUGCUGCAGCCAGUAGCAGGUCCCGGGCACUGGAACGACCCAGACAUGCUGCUCAUCGGGAACUUUGGCCUGAGCUUUGAGGAAUCCCAGGCCCAGAUGGCCCUAUGGACAAUGCUGGCAGCCCCCCUCUUCAUGUCCACGGACCUGCGGACCAUCUCCCCCCAGAACAUAGACAUUCUCCAGAAUCCACUCAUGAUCAAAAUCAAUCAGGACCCCUUAGGCAUCCAGGGACGCAGGAUCUUCAAGAGUAAAUCCCACAUCGAAGUGUUCAAGCGGCAUCUGUCUAAUAAUGCUAGGGCCCUGGUCUUCUUCAGCCGCAGGACAGACAUGCCUUACCGCUUCCAUUGCUCCCUUCUGGAACUGAAAUUCCCCAGAUCCCAAGUGUAUGAGGGCCAGAACGUUUUCACAGGCGAUAUCAUCAGUGGCCUCCAGAGUGAAACCAACUUCUCCGUGAUCAUUAGUCCUUCAGGGGUUGUGAUGUGGUACCUUUAUCCUGUCAAGAACCUGGGGCUACCCACGCGGUUGUCCCACGUGUGAGGACCCAAGAAUGACAGGCGAUG